AUUCUCCGGCGUAUUCAAGUCGCCGGCGAAAAUGUCGAUGUCGAAGAGCUCCAAGAUGCUUCAGUUCAUAAACUACAGGAUGCGAGUAACGAUCCAAGACGGACGUCAGCUAAUCGGAAAAUUCAUGGCGUUCGAUCGUCACAUGAAUCUCGUUCUCGGCGACUGCGAAGAGUUUCGAAAACUUCCUCCGGCGAAAGGUAGUAAGAAGACGAAAGAAGAUAGAGAAGAGCGUCGUACGCUUGGUUUGGUUUUACUUAGAGGAGAAGAAGUGAUUUCAAUGACUGUCGAAGGUCCACCACCACCGGAAGAAUCUCGCGCCAAAUCAGGAUCUGUAACCGCCGUUGCUGGUCCCGGAAUCGGUCGUGCUGCUGGACGUGGUGUACCUACUGGUCCAUUGGUUCAAGCUCAGCCUGGAUUAUCUGGUCCUGUUCGUGGAAUUGGUGGACCUGCUCCGGGAAUGAUGCAGCCUCAGAUCUCUAGACCACCGCAGAUUAUUCGUCCGCCAGGACAAAUGCCGCCACCGCCUCCGUCUGGUUUUACUGGUCAAGGAGGUCCUCCUCCACCUUAUGGUAUGAGACCACCGUAUCCUGGUCCACCACCGCCUCAAUAUGGUGGACAAAGGCCAAUGAUGAUUCCUCCGCCUGGUGGUAUGAUGAGAGGACCUCCUCCACCUCAUGGGAUGCAAGGACCUCCUCCGCCUCGCCCUGGAAUGCCUCCACCGCCUGGUGGUGCUCCGAUGUUUGCUCCGCCUCGUCCUGGCAUGCCGCCUCCUCCGCCAAAUCAUCAUAAUCAGCAACAUUGAUUAGGAGUCACUUCAUCUACUACGGAAGCCACAUCCACAUGAUUGAGUUACCCCCUCGGCUAGUCAUAGCGUUUUUCUCCCUGGAGCUCAGAGGAUCGAUGAGUUCAUAUUGGUGUUUUCUGUGGAAAAAGCAACUGAUUUUAGAAAUAGUGAACUUGUAGAAGUUACUGUCUUGCUCUAUGAACUUGAGUGUAUUACUUGUAAUAGAGGCUCUCAAUGGUUGACUGGCAAUUUGGUUCUCGACAUUUUAGGCUAUGUUGUCGGUUAUGUACGUAACAAAUAACUUACAGCAGAGUCUCACACUGGUUCAUACA